AUGACUAACAUCGUUCGAAAUCAUUCGUUAUCUAAUGCAGAAGUACAACGUUACUCUCGUCAACUGAUUCUUUCUGAUUUCGGUGUGCAUGCACAAGAACGUUUAAAAGAUUCCUCUGCAUUAAUCAUCGGUUGCGGUGGUUUAGGAUCACCAGCUGCUCUCUAUCUCGCUUCAUCAGGUCUCGGCCGGCUUGGUUUAGUUGACCAUGACGAGGUUGAUAUGUCGAAUCUUCACCGACAAAUCAUUCAUCGUGAAUCGACAGUGGGCAAGACUAAAGUUGAAUCUGCUCAGUUAACUUGUUCGCAAAUAAACUCUUCUCUCAAGAUCGAUACCUACAAUCUUCUAUUAACAUCGGAAAAUAUUCUCGAUAUAGUUAAACACUAUGAUGUAAUUCUUGACUGUACUGAUAAUGUCAUUACACGAUAUUUAAUCAAUGAUGCCUGUGUUCUCUCACACAAACCACUUAUAUCAGCAAGUGUAAUACGAUUCGAAGGACAACUGACUGUUUGGAAUUACUUGGAAAAGAACGGACCAUGUUAUCGAUGUCUAUAUCCUCAAGCACCACCAGCUGAAACAGUUUCCACGUGUUCAGAUGUUGGUGUACUGGGUCCUGUUUGUGGAACACUAGGAAGUCUCCAAGCGUUAGAAGCAAUUAAACUUUUAACCAAAAUUGGUGAUGUCCUAUGCAAUCGAAUGUUACUUGUCGACGGUCUAUCGAUGAGUUUUCGAACAAUCAAAUUACGUCAUCGACAACCAACCUGUGCUGUGUGUGGAACCAAUCCAAGCAUUGUUGAUCGGCCAGCACCUCCGCCAGCUGGUCAAUGUACGAAUGAUCAACCAUGUCGAAAGAAUGUUCUUUCUCGACGAGAACGUGUUACCGCAAUCGAUUUGUCCCAUUCAUCUCCAUCGUUUAUUAUCGAUGUUCGACCUGAACAUGAACUCGAGAUUGGUCGAUUUGAAGAUUCCUUUCAUUUACCCAUGGACCGUCUUCUGUACAAUACGAAUGAUGAACAACUACGUACUGAAUUACGAUCAAAUAUCGAAAACAAUCAUCAGAUUGUCAUUGUUUGCCGGCGUGGAAACGAUUCUCAAAUAGCUGUAAGACGACUGAAAGAGUUAUUAUCUGAUAUUGAUAAUAUCGACGAGAAACUCAAGGAUCUCGAAGGUGGUUUUCAAGCUUGGCAUACAGAUAUCGAUCCAACAUUUCCGUUAUAUUAA